AAUUUUAGUCAAUGAUUAAGAGUUACCAUUGACCUUAUAUCUACUUCAGAACGAUUCUUGUCACUAUUCUGUGAGAGUUUUCAUUAUCUCUGGGUGAACUUAUCGUUGCUCGACACCCACAAUAAAUUAUGGAAUAACAUUUUUCAAAAUCCAAACCACUGACGUGCAUGCAUGACUGUGUAGUCCCUGCGCUUUUAUUUUGAAGGUGGCCAACGCCGCUCGCUGGCGGCUGAUUACCGUAAUGCACAGUAUUCACUAUCGCUGUGGCGGCUGUCUUGUCUUCAAUUUUUCCGAGUAGAAGCUAGCCUGACCGCACUCCGCAGUAGUCGUAUGCCGAAGUAGUCUUUGCUCCAUGUGGAUUCGGGUCCGCUUCAAGACAGUGUCAAAUGGGGGACUUUGAGGCGCGAGCCACAUCCAUUUUGGAGGACAUGGCGAACAAAGCUGUGAUGGAAAUGUGCAAAGUUGUAUUUUCCUUCGACAUGACUCAAGAAGUAUUUUGGAGCGAGGAAGACCACGCUCAAGUUUCAACUCAGGACAAGGUGAUCCAUCUCGCCAACACCUUCAUGACAUUGCUGGCUCAAGAAGCGGUCAACAGCAUCUGCCAACUUUUCCAUGAAUGUUCUGCACUGCUGCGGGUGCAAGUGACGCAGGGGGAGGCGCAGCUGGAGGACCUGAGAACGAGGCUGGAAGUGGCGCAAACAUCCCUGAGUAUGGUGUUGCAAAGCGCUUAUGCCGUGGUAGUGGAACAGCAGGUGCAAGAGCACGUUGGAGGAGUGGCCGCAUUGGAAGUGGAACCGCAGAACUCAGCUAUGUCUGGUGAGGUUGAAAAGACGCCCAUCAUUGACCGAACUUCCAAGGACAACAUGCUUGCAGCACCGACACAGGACAGCAUUGUUAACGAGACGUUGUGUAAUUCCAGCCAGCAGGAAAAUAACACGGACCCCGAUGACCACAAUGACCAGCCAGAAGAUGAUGACAGCGAUGCCAGCCACUUGGACCAAGCUGAAAGCAGAGUCCCAGCUGACAAGCAGCUCAGAGUGCACCAGGCAGCGCACAACCCGCACAAGAACUUUGUGUGCUCACUGUGCGGAAGCAGCUUCCCCCUCAAACGCAGCCUCAACACACACAUGCGGAAGCACACGGGUCAACUCACGGGGAAACAUGCUCACACGUGCGACAAGUGUGGUAAGGGCUUCACGCUCAAGCAGAUCCUGCUGAGCCACCAACGAAGUCACAAUGAGGAGCGACCCUUCAAGUGCACGCUGUGCGCCAAGAGCUUCUACCGAGCAAAUGGCCUGAAAAUGCACAAGCGCUUGCACGUCUCCCGCCGCGUGCGUACAGGCGAGCACCGCUGCCGCAUCUGCGACAAGAUCUUCAGCCUCCAAUGCAACCUGCAGCGCCACCUGCGCAUCCACACAGGCGAGAAGCCUUUCUGCUGCGAAAUCUGCGGGAAGAGCUUCAACCAGGGCGACUCCCUCAAGAUUCACCAGAGGAUCCACACGGGGGAGCGGCCAUUCAAAUGUGACACCUGCGGGAAGACCUUCAUCCAGAAGUCGGCCUUAAAGUUGCACACCAACGCCGCCUCCCUGGCGUGCGUGGUGUGCGGCGCGACGGCGGCCUGUGCAGACGGAAUGCGCAACCACCUACAAACGCACGCCGACGCCAUGCCGUGCAUCUGCAUCCUGUGCGGUGACCCGCUGGCCACGGUGCAUGUUUUGUGUUCACACCAGCGCCACCACAACACGGCCACCCGUGCGCACGGCUGCCCCUUCUGCAACAAGAGAUUCAAGUCAGCCAGCUACCUGAAGAUACACAUUAAGUUGCACAGCGGAGUCAAGCCCUUCUCUUGUGACAUCUGCCACCGUAGCUUUGCCCUGCACUGCAGGCUCAAGUUGCACCAGGAAGUGCACGUUGGUGACAAACAGUUCUGCUGCGACAUUUGCGGCAAGUUUUUCAGCAACUUGAGCAUGCUGACCCGCCACCAGCGCAUCCACGCAGUUGAGAAGGGAGAAUACACGGGUGAAAAGUCAUAUGCCUGCGACCUGUGUGACAAACGCUUCAAUCAUGGUCCCAACCUUAUUCGGCAUCGCCGCAUCCACACGGGUGAGAAGCCGUAUAUCUGUGACGUGUGCGGCCGCCGCUUCAGCCAGAGCAACAGUCUCAAAGCCCACCAGGUGGUCCACACCGGCCAGAAGUUCAUGUGUGACCGCUGCGGCAAAACCUACAGCGACAAAAGGAACCUCAAGAACCACAAGUGUUUCUAAUGGACUCUACUUGAAUAGUCUACCUUUAACUCAAUGGGUAAAUGGCAGUUUGCACAGGAGGAAGUCCUUGUUUCGUUGAAACACUGCACAAGCUUUGUAAUGCCGCCUAGCAUGACUGAAGUCCACAGAGUUGAGGCCCAAUUCUGAUGCUUUAUUGAAUCAACAUGGGUGAAAAAUUCUAUAAUAUGUACUCCUUCAAUUUUCAAUGUUUCACCUCCUGGUCAUUUCAAAGACCCCACCUUGAACUAUAAAUGGCUGUAAUGUGCAAAAAAAAAUAUCAAUGCAGUUGUGUUACACUAGUGUUACUCACCCCUUAUCGAGCAAAUUUUACAUACAUCGAAAAAUCUCAUGGCACAUCACCAAACCACACACAAAAAAAUUACACUGAUCUCAUAAAGACCAUGUCUAAAUUUACUCACAAAUGUAUCAAUAGUAGGCACGGUGAGCCACUGGUUAGCACGUCCACCUCACAGUGCAGAAGUCUGGGGUUCGAUUCCGGCCCUGGCCUUACUGUGAGGAGUUUGCAUGUUCUCCCUGUACCUGUGUGGGUUUUCUACGGGUACUCCCGUUUUUCUUCCACAUUCCAAAAGCAUGGCUGAUAGGGUGAUUCAAUGCUCUCUUGAUUGUUAGCGCAAAUGGUGGUUUGACUUUGUGUGCCCUGUGAUUGGGUGGCAACCAGUUCAGGGUGUACUGUCUGAAGACACCUGGUACAUGCUCCAGGAUCAUUCUCAUGCUUAUUCAGAGCUUGCUGAUCCUUGGAAUCAGGUGUGUUGCAGCAAGGAGCCAUGGAAAACAGAAAGGUGGCCCGUUAGUAAUUAUGACUGAAUGUUUAUACACCUUUAUAAGGUGGGUCUGCUCGGCUAACUGAGGUGACUGAACACAAAUAUGAGUAUAAACUACUGGCCAGCGAUUUCUCGGCUCUAGCAUUAGCCACUGUGGUCUACUGUGACUGUGUAAGUUGAGGCUACCAUCAGGUGUCCUGCGAAUGUUUUUUUGAUGACUAUUUUAUUACUCUUUGUUUAAUAAAGCAAUUUAAAGAGCACUCAUUCUAUAA